UAACAAGCAGAACAACUGGGCUGGGAAACUCGGGAAUGUGGAGUGGAGAAGCUGAAAAGUCGAACCCACGAGAAGUCGGUCUCUCUCUCUCUGCUGUUAGCAAGAUUUGCCCGGGGUCUCAAAUUCAAUUCAAUGCAGCUCCUGCGCCCUCCUCAGUCGGUCACCUUGACUAAUGACGUUGCACUUCCAUGUGGGUUGUCGACAAAGAGGCCAUUGUUUUUACGUGGUCAGGUAGCGAAACUCGGGUCUUCUAAUAUUGUGAGAUGCCCAGACGGCCACGGCCAGACGCUUAAACCCAUUCAUGUCAGAAUCAGACCUCAUGCUUCAGUUGCUGUCAAAGUUAGUGUAAAGACUGCAGAAUCCGCCCCAUCGGAUGUUGUCUUGAAAGAUGGAAAUCUGAUUUUUGUCGCUGGUGCAACAGGGAGAGUUGGGUCACGAACUGUAAGGGAGCUCUUGAAAUCAGGAAGUAGAGUUCGAGCUGGUGUUCGAAGUGCUCAAAGAGCUGAAUCUCUUGUGCAAAGUGUCCAACAGAUGAAGUUUGAUGCUGUUGAAACUGGAUUAACGCCACCCAUAGAGAGGCUUGAGAUUGUUGAGUGUGAUCUAGAGAAGAAGGAUCAGAUUGGUCCGGCACUGGGGAAUGCCUCAAUUGUCAUAUGCUGCAUCGGUGCCAGUGAGAAGGAAAUAUUUGAUAUUACUGGUCCAUAUCGAAUUGACUAUCAGGCCACCAAAAACCUUAUUGAUGCUGCAACCAUUGCACAAGUUGACCACUUCAUUUUACUGACAUCUCUUGGAACAAAUAAGGUUGGAUUUCCUGCAGCUAUUUUGAACUUGUUUUGGGGAGUCUUGAUCUGGAAAAGGAAAGCAGAAGAAGCUCUGCUUGCCAGUGGACUUCCAUAUACUAUAGUUCGACCAGGAGGGAUGGAGCGGCCUACUGAUGCUUUCAAGGAAACUCACAAUAUAACUGUUUCACAGGAAGACACUUUAUUUGGUGGUCUAGUGUCAAAUCUUCAGGUGGCUGAACUUAUGGCUUUUAUGGCAAAGAACCGCAGCCUUUCAUAUUGCAAGGUGGUGGAAGUAAUUGCAGAAACUACAGCUCCAUUGACUCCCAUGGGGGAGCUCCUUGCAAAAAUUCCAUCCCAACGUGCUGAAGUGUUCUCGCCAGGGAAAUUAGAUGAUGCAGUUGGACCUGGGACUGCAGCUACAGAAAUUGCCACUUCUGGAACUCCAAGCACUACUGUUGAAAAAGAAACUGUCCAACCAAAGGCUGCAGAAAUGACGCCACUCUCUCCAUAUACUGCAUAUGAAGAUUUGAAGCCACCCAGUUCUCCUAGUCCCUCUCCAAGUGGUCCAAAAGAGGUACAUGCCUCAAAUGAUAUCCUGUCAGAACUUACCGGUGGCAAUGAUGUUGGCACAAUCAACAUUGGUGAGGAGAAUUAUCCCCAGAAAUUGGCUUCUCGUCACUCGCCCUAUCUUGUAUACCCUGAUUUGAAGCCCCCAUCUUCACCAUCUCCUAAUGCACCUGUGUCAUCUACAAGCAACGAAAUGCUGCCGUCGAUUGCAGAUAAACUGGGAAAUUGACAUAAGCCUGCCAGAAUUAAAGCAAUCCCGCUCUGACCUUUCACCAGGCGCGAUGACUUGAGGCCUCCAAGUUCUCCCAUGCCAUCUUCAAAGAAUUUUUGAAACACAAACCAUGGAGUUAACCAUCUUGAGAUUAUAUAUGCUUUCUAUGCUUCAGAAUUCAGUCUCCCUUACCUCCUGUGCCCCGGGGGGGGGGGAGUUGGGUAUGGGUGUUGUUGGACGCGGGCUAGAUAGUUUUGGCUGAGUGAGCCGCCAGUAUGCCAUCGUGAUAGAGCUAUUAAAGCAAAGAUUAUGCGCUGUCAGCUCAUGAGAAACCAGCAAUUUGCAAAGUCGAAUUUUAGAAUCACGAAAUUGUACCUACACGCAAAUAAACGUCCUUGUACUUGGAACUUAUCAACAAAUAGUCUGUAUAACGCAAGUGAUGAACUCUAUCGGUAUCAAAAUUAUGUAGAAACUAACAAAAACUCAGAAGGCACUCUUUUCAUAUA